AUGUUUAUCGGAAAAAAUGCUACUCCAUUAACAGUAAUAAUCGAUUCUGAUAAAUUGAAAUCGGGUCAGAUAGAAGCUAAAUUAAAAUUGAAACAAUUCAUAUUGAUCAAAAAUGUUAAAGGCAACAGUGAAAGUUGGUCAACGGAUAUUUCUUUGAUCGGACGAAUUGAUGAAAAUGGUGCACAUGCAGUUUUCGAAGGUUGGGCUGCAUGUAAUCAUUGUUUGACAACGUAUCGAACGCAUUCAAAGAAAGAUGCUCAAGGCCAGAGAAAAAAUUAUGGUUUAAAUUCUUUGCAUGUGCAUGUGAGAGAUUGUGCUUAUAAACUGAAGUCAACAGCAUCUCGAGCAUCACCAGCAAGCACCACUCAAGUAUCACCAUCCAGUCAAUCAUGUAUGCCAAAAUUUGCCUACAAUAAAAAUAAAAUUUCGGAUAAAUAUCAAGCUAAAUUGAAAGAUGCUGAAUUAAAAUUUGUCGUUGCUGGCUCACAUAGUUUCAAUUCAUUAGAAAAUAAUGGAAUAUUGGAAUUAUUACAAGUAGGAAUUGAAAUUGGGAGUGAUUAUGGACUAAUGGAUGUGCAUGAUGUAUUUUGUGGACGUAAAGCAAUUCGUGAACAGUUGUUAUUAAAAAAUUUAAUACAUAUAUUAAAUCGAUUAGAUCGAUGCUUAAUGAACCAAUAA